UGAAAAAACGUUCAUAAAGAUUACGAGAUCUGACAAAUUACACCAAUAUGCAGGAAAAUGUGAUUUAAAAUCGAGUACAAGUACAAAUUAUGUAAAUAGGGAGGUUUUCUUUGUUGAAGCGAUCUACUUAGUAAGCAUUUGGAGAAUCGUGUGCCAGCCAAUAUUUUCGAAUUCUCUAAGCCGAUCACCAUGAGAGCCAUAGGGAGAUAAAAAUGGCCAAAAUUCACGAAGCACUUAAACCAAUUCAGUGGUUGAUUGGCUCUUGGGAAUCGGUAACCGCUAAAGGACAUUUCCCUACGAUUAAGGAUUUCAACUACAAUGAAGUGCUGAAAUUUGAAUCCCUUGGACAACCACUAUUGAACUAUGAAGCUCGCUCCCGGAACCCGGUGUCUGGUGCCCCUAUGCAUCUAGAAACAGGAUUCUUACGCAUACAACCCGGAACAAAACAUCUUGCUUUCAUGGUUUCUCACAAUUUUGGUCUUACUGUAUUGGAAGAAGGUUUGGCACAUGAAAAUGGAUUGGAGUUGGAAUCAAAAUCUAUCAGUCGCAUGUCUUUUGCAAAGGAUCCCGCCGUCAAGGUCAUCAAAAAGGUAUUCAAGCUGCAUGAGGAUGGAACACUGGAAAUUCGGACUGAUAUGGAAACCUCUAAUACUGCAUUAACUAACCAUCUUAUGGCAGUUUACAGAAAAAUGGAAUGAGAAUAACUUUAUUUGAGCUAGGGCAAAUAAUAGUAACUGUAUCCAUCGGCAUUGCUGGUAAUAAACCAUUGUGUACUAUGCUGAGAAGCCUCUGUAUGACAUAGCGAAUUAUUGUUUUGGUCCAUGUGUAAAAUUGUCGAAUUUGUGAUAGGAGGAGGUGGCGGCUGAUUGUGCAUAGGUGUAUCAUAGUAAUAUUCAACAUUCUGAGGAGACGGUGUUGUUGGGUAUUGUAGUUCUCGUUGAAGGUGCCGAAUAUAUUGAAUUGCCAGCCUGGAAAA